AUGUGUCUCCGGAAGGCACUGGAAGAGUACGGCACAGUUCACGAGGUGACCAAAGAGAAGUGGCGAGUGGAAGGCUUUGAAGACAUCGAGUCGACCACCAGGAUCGCUAAACUGAUACUCAAGGAAGGCAAAACGCCGGAGAACCUACCUCAUCAGCUAAGGCUUCAGGGGGGCACGAUCCUCGUUGUCGUACCCGGGCGGGCGCCGUUAUGCCUGCGGUGCCGAAGGCAAGGACAUAUACGACGCGAUUGCCGUGUACCUCGGUGCGGGCAUUGCCGUGGCUUCGGACAUGUGGCCCAAGACUGUGCACGCACGUACGCGAGUGCUGUAGUCAGCCGAGCUAGCGACGAGGGAUGCGACCUCAUCAUGGAUGAAGCGGAAGCAGAGGAGGCCGCAACAUCGUCGACGCCAUUUGAAAGGGCACAGCAAGACAAGGCGACAGUCGAAGGUCAAGACAACAAGAGAGCGGAGGCGACAGUCCGAGACGAAAAGCGCACGGUGUCGGCUCCUGAAGCCAACGAAAACGAGGGGCAGGCGACAACGCCUGGAAAACCUUCACCGGAUGAGGUGGCGGUGACGGCGAUGGGGAGCACCGGCACCGAGUCGGCAGCCAUCGAGUGUGAGCCAGCCAUGGAACUGGAUCCCUCAAAGGUGAAACGGCGACUGGCCGACGAGUCUCCGAAAAACGGCGCACCGGUACAGCAGUGGUCUGAGGGGGAGUUUCAGCUGAUAGGUAAACAAGGUCGCUACGUCAGCAAACUACGGUCCUCGUCGCUGACCCGCGACGGGGGUCUGUCGCAGUGA